GUAGCACCAUAAAAAAACUUGUACGGGAUUCCCAAUUAUAGUGCAUCCAUUACUAGGAAAGAUUUAGUUGUAUUCCAUCUGUAGUUGAUUACUCCGUCUAUAAAUAUGAAGCCCAAGAACAGUGUUUUCUUGCACUCUGACUGAAGCACGGAAGUCGGCCACGAUCCAUGACUAGCCUCAUCAGCAAAGUGUCGGGCGCCGUGUCCGCCAGUGCGCGCAGCGUCUCGCGCGCCACACGCAGCCUCCUGGUGCGAGGACGGCGGUCCCGGCGGAGCAACGGGCACAAGAAGGAGCGAGAGGCGGCCGCUGCGGCGACGAACACCGCUGUGUGCGAGGACGACAGCGGAGCUCUAUGGCGCCGGGAUAUACUGAUGGGAGAACGAUGUGAGCCACUCAACUUCUCGGGUGCCAUCCACUAUGACAGCCAGGGCCGGCCGAUCUGGCAGCCCCGCCGCAGGGCCAUGGCAGCCAAGAUGCUCUGCCGAUCUUCGAAUGUCGUGGACGACGCCGUCGUCACAUAUCCAAGAAAAUGAACUGUAUCUCGUAGUGAGUUAAUGCGUGUGAUCCCAUCAUAUAUGCUCGUCCGGUGCGGUGACUAGGCAUAUGAAAAUGGAUGUCUGGUUAAAGCAUGAAAAGCUCUGAUUUGAUGAAAAAUGCGAACGCUGCUAUUUUUUGAAAA